AUGACCCCGGGCAACUUGGCCGACCAAAUGAGGCUUGGGCAGACAGUCCGUGGUCUGAGGGUGUUCAGUAAAGUAGUGGGACGCAUCUCUACCCUCAGCGAAGAUCUCAAGGACACUCUCGAUCUCCAGAUUAUCAGUACAAAGUCCCCUGAUGUGUGGACACUUGUGGACAUCGUCAAAGACGAGUUUCCAUUCAUGAACGCAUACGACAAGGCUUGGCCGAUCUUCGCGAUUGUGCGCGAACACCGUCACAAGAAACUGUAUGGCAGACGCGAUGGCCUUGUAGAUUGGGAGCGCAAAGCGCCACCAUCGGCAGACGGCGACCCCCGUGAAUUGCUUGAAACCCCGCCGGUGCCACCGCCGCGUCCUGACUCCGGGGACGCGGCAGCCUCCGCUCUAUCUAGGACCGUACACGAAGGCGACGCGCACGGGACAGUCGGCUCCCCAGGUGCAGGCUCAGCAGGCUCUUCUCAACAUUCGCAAGUCAACACGCCCAAUCGGGGCUCAAAUGAGCGCGACGUGCAAGCGCAGGGGCAGUCGACGAACCGUGUCGCUCACCCAGGCGACCAUGCUUCCACUACGGCGAGCCAGGCCUCCCGACCCCGCCUUGCGCCGGCCUCCCCGGCCCACUCGCCGAGUGCCGCAGGGCCUUCCCAGUCGACGCAGGGCGCUCCAGAAGGGAAAGAUAAACGCGACCCAGUGUUCGAGUUUUUAGAUGCAUUGUUCCCAGAGCAGACGAGCCUGCUUCCGCUUCUAGUGUCGAAGGGCAUCGUUGAUGGCGCGGCGCUCAACGCCUUCGCGCGAUUUCCGUCGAGACGGCGUAAGCUGCUGCUGAACGCGUGGCUUAGGGAGGAGAGCAUCACGGAGCUGCAGUUUGAGGUUCUCAAUGAAGGCUUUGAGAACAUGGGUGCGUAG